UCACCGAUCAAUGGAAAGAGCCGAAGAUGUCGGCUCGGUCAUGUGAUCAGCUGUGUCCAAUCACAGCUGAUCACAUUGCAACCUGUCAGUGUCCAUCAGUGCCAGCUGUCAGUACUCAUCCAUGCCACCUGCCAGUGCCCAUCAGUGCCACAUAUCAGUGCCUACCAGUGCAAAUCAAUGCCACAUAUCAGUACCCAUCUGAGUUGCCUUUUAGUGUCACCCAUGUGCCACCAUCAGUGCCACCUAUCAGUGCCACCUAUCAGUGCUGCCAAUCAGUGCCACCUAUCAGUGCCAGUCAGUGCCGCUUAUCAGUGUGCAUCAGUGCCGCCUAACAGUG